CACUACUUGUUGUUUUCCUUACCCCACUCCGUUCAUCUCUCUUGCGUAUAUGUCUGUUUGUGUGUGUGUGUGUGUGUGUGUGUGUGCAUGCAUUCCAACACGAUGACGUAUCUUCCUUCUACUGUCAAGAUGCACGAGGACGACUUGAAGCAUGGCAGCGAAGUCGAAGUCGAAGUCGGCGGGCUUGCACCAGGUGUAGAGAUUGUGCUGCUCAUCCUAAUCGUUGAGCUGGGAGAACGAUUUACGUAUUUUGGCCUGAGUGCUCCGAUCCAGAAUUAUAUCAAAAACCCACACGACCCACACUCUGACCUUCCUGGCGCUCUUGGUCGCGGCCAGGCUGUAGCCACGGCCUUGGGGAACUUUUUCAAAUGUUGGGCCUAUGCCUCUACUGUCAUCGGUGCCAUUGUCGCAGACCAGUAUCUUAACCGCUUCAAGGCAAUCGCCCUCGGAUGCGGUGUUUAUAUUGUCGGUCUUGUGAUCCUCGUUGCUACAUCGACGCCUGCGGGGAUCCGGUCUGGCGCCGGUUUUGGCGGGCUUGUUGCGGCCAUGGUAGUAAUUGGGUUGGGCACAGGUAGUAUCAAAGCGAAUAUUACACCCAUGUGCGCAGAGCAGUACAAGCCUGAUUUGGCGUAUAUGAAACAAUUGGCUACUCGCCCCACUACUGGUGAGUGGGUAAUAGUGGAUCCCGAACUGACGGUUGAACGCAUGUUCAAUUGGUUUUAUUGGGCGGUCAAUGUGGGGGCGCUUUCGCCGCUGAUUACGGUGAACGUCGAGGUUCAUGUAGGAUUUUGGGUCGCCUUCUUAAUCGCUUUAGUGGUCAUCAUCAUUACUGCAAUGGUCUUCAUCCUCAGCAGCCGGCUCUUUGUUCGAACACCGCCUCAUGGCUCAGCGAUCAUUGAUGCUGCUCGUAUCGCCACCAUUACCAUUAAGGAAGGCGGCUUCAAAAAGGCUAAGCUAAGCGCUUUGGGGGCCCAGGGAACUCUUUCACGCCGUCAUUUUGCGCAGUUCCCUAACUAUACCGACAGGUCUAUAAAGGAAGUACAAAUGGGUAUUACUGCAUGCAAGUUCUUCCUUUUCCUUCCUUUAUACUUUGUCUGCUGGAUCCAGAUUUGGAACAAUCUCAUCUCACAAGCUGGAGACAUGGCAUUGCAUGGUACACCAAACGACCUCUUGCAGAACCUUGACCCCAUCGCUUUGAUCAUUUUCACUUCACUACUAGACUUUGUGAUUUACCCUCUGCUUCGCAAGCAUAAGAUCAACUUCAGCCCAGUCCUAAGAAUGACAGCUGGCUUUCUACUAGCGGCAAUUGCUAUGGCGUACGCUAGAGUGCUCCAGCAUUACAUCUACAAGUCUUCAAAGAAUAGUAUUCACGUUUGGGUCCAAGCUCCGGCUUACGUCCUUGUCGCGUUUUCUGAAGCCUUUGUUAUCAUUACUGGUUUGGAGUUGGCUCUUCGCUCUCUUGUUUCUUCCUUGUUCUGGUUGACAAUCGGCAUCGCUGCCGCAAUCUGCAUUGCCCUUGCACCCGUGUCGCAAGACCCGUAUCUGGUAUGGAUGUACGGCUCUCUCGCCAUCGUCGGCUUUGUUGCAGGGUGUGCCUUAUAUAUUUGCUUCCGAAACUUUUUCCAGGAGGUGCCAGUCAUUGUAGGCACUGAAGCGGUGAAUGAGGUUGGUGUGAGUAAGGUCACUGCGGAUGCAGGGAAACUUGCUGUCGAGGAAGGAAACAAGUGUGCCAAGUAG